AUGGUUCGAAACCCUUUAUCCAAAACCGCAAACAAAUACCUCAGAAAAUUCAGAAAAUGGCCACACUCACCUUACAAAACCUCAUGGCAUCACAAUUUCGGUGAACAACAAGCUCUACAAAUUCUCAAACAAGCCACCACUCAACCCCAACCACAAAACAACAACGACCCUUUUCUUCUCUCCACUCUUAUUCACUCUUUCAAAGCUUAUCACACUGACCCAACUCCAAAAGCUUACUUUUUUCUCAUCAAAACCUUUACCAAAAGCAACCCUUCACAGUUACAUCAAAUCCCCCAUAUUCUCAACCAUCUUGAACAUAAUGAGAAAUUCGAAACACCUGAGUUUGUGUUUUUGUAUCUUAUUAGAUUUUAUGGUGUUUCUGAUAGGGUUCAAGAUGCUGUUCAUUUGUUUUUUCGAAUUCCGAGGUUUAGAUGCACACCAACUGUUUGUUCUUUGAACUUGCUUCUUUCGUUGCUUUGUAGGAAAAGAGAGUGUCUCAAAAUGGUUCCGGAUGUUUUGUUGAAGAGUCAGCAGAUGAAAAUCCGGCUCGAGGAAUCGAGUUUUCGGGUUUUGAUUAAGGCGUUGUGUAGAAUUAAGAGAGUUGGUUAUGCUGUUAAGAUAAUGAAUUGUAUGAUUGAAGAUGGUUAUGGUUUGGAUGAUAAGAUAUGUUCUUUGAUUGUUUCGUCGUUGUGCGAACAAAAUGAUUUGACUAGUGCCGAGGCUUUGUUUGUUUGGGGGAAUAUGAGGAAGCUAGGGUUUUGUCCUGGUGUGAUGGAUUGUACGAAUAUGAUUAGGUUUUUGGUGAAGGAUGGGAAGGGAAAGGAUGCUUUGGAGAUUCUGAAUCAGCUGAAGGAAGAUGGGAUUAAGCCUGAUAUUGUUUGUUAUACUAUUGUUUUGAGUGGAAUUGUUAAAGAAGGUGAUUAUGUGAAGUUAGAUGAAUUAUUCGAUGAAAUAAUUGUAUUAGGACUCAUUCCUGAUGUUUAUACCUACAAUGUGUAUAUAAAUGGUUUGUGUAAGCAGAAUAAUUUUGAUGAGGCUCUUAAGAUUGCGGUCUCUAUGGAAACAUUAGGAUGCAAACCAAAUGUGGUUACUUACAAUACUCUAUUGGGUGGAUUGUCCUUGAAAGGGGAUUUAAGUAAGGCAAAGAGGGUAAUGAAGGAGAUGAGGUUGAAGAGCAUUGAGCCGAACGUGCAUACGUAUAGGAUCAUGCUUGAUGGUUUAGUUGGUAACGGUGAGAUUGAAGAAGCUUGUGUUUUGUUGGAGGAAAUGUUGGAGAAGUGCUUUUAUCCAAGAUCUUCGACUUUUGAUAGUAUCAUACUUCAAAUGUGCCAAAAGGGUUUGAUUAGUGACGCAGUUGUGUUGAUGAAUAGAAUUGUCGAUAAAGGUUUUGUUCCUGGAGGUAAGGUUUGGGAAGCAUUGAUUCUUAACUUAAGAUCUAAGGUUGCUUAUUCAGAAACCACAUUUGUUGGAUUGUUGAGCACAGAAUAA